AAGACAGCAGCAUCAGAGUACCAUCUAUCGCUUCAUCGUGCAGCAGCAGAGCAGCGGUAACAGCUCAUCCAUGGCCAUGGAGAGGUUCUUGACGGCACUUGUCUUCUGCGAGGCGCCGCUGGACGGCUACGGCACAUCGGUGACGGCCACACGUACGAUCACCAAGCUUGUCUCCGGCGGCAGCGCGGCUAAACCGGCGACGGCUAAGAAGGCGGACGCUGAGAAGGAGCAGGGAUUUUUCUCCGGCAAGCCGACGGCGCCGCAGCGGCGUGCUGGGUUCGAGCUGGCGUUCGACGGCAUCAACUGCUUCGACACCGUCGUCAUGCACUAAGUUCGCCAUUUCUUGAUUAUGAGCUGUAUAUAUAGGGCAUAUAGCUAGGGGAUUUGGAUCACCUAGCUAGAAUAUUGAUACAUACGUACCGGUAGGUAUGACGAUUUGUUCAUUUGAUUGUACCGUUUGACUAUUGCAUAAGUUUCAAUACAAGUGAAAGGAAUUUUA